AUGGAGACUGGUGACGCUCCAGACGCUCCAGACGCGGCUCCCGCGAAUGCGGAAGAGGAAGGCCUGGAAGCAGAGGCACCCCUUGUCGAGCCCGAGCCCGACGAAAAGGAGCCGGAAAAGAAGCGCAGCGGGCUGCUGUCCGGAUCGGAGGAUGGAGGCAUUCGCUUUUGGGACCAGGGACGUUGCCUGCAGACGCUGGAUGGUCACACUGGUGCGGUGCAUGCCUUGGUCGUAAACUGGGACAGCCUGGAAGCAGUCAGUGGGGCCGACGACUCCUCAAAGCUCUGGAGUUUGAAGUUCGGUGGAUGCAUCCGCACCAUGUCGGACUGCCCGGAAGGCGCCACCUCGGUGGCCGCGGACUGGGACGGACACAACGCGGUGGCGGGCUGUGGCAAUGGCAGCUGCAGAGUGUGGUCUCUGAAGACCGCUGAUCUCCUGCAUAAAUUCACGGCCCAUCGUGGUGGUGUAUGGGCGUUGCAAGGGAACUUCAAAGAAGGCUAUCUGGCCAGUGCGGGCGAUGAAGCGGUGAAGAUUUGGGAUGCGAACGAAUGGACGUGUUUGUUCACCACCCCUGGGCAUGCUGGCGGCCUGAUGUGCAUGUCUGUGGACUGGUCGGGGAGCAAAAUUCUCGGCGGCUGUGGUAGUACCUCCAACUUACAGCUCUGGAAUUGCGCUGCUGACAGUUUCUCCCGAAGGGCCAACGAUGGCGAUAAGCCGAAGGCCGAAAAGGUCGCUGCUGUGAAGUUCCACGGUCAUCAGGAUGUUGUGCCAGAUUUAGCCGUGGACUGGGGGAGGAGCAUUGCGGUGACUGGGGGAUGGGAUGCCAGUCUCAUCGUAUGGAAUCUGAAAACUGGAAUGCCAACGCACACCCACGAGUGUCUUUCGGCCUCGCGAGUUGUGCCGCAAGUUCGGUCGUGUGAGAUCACUGGCCGUGGACUUUGCCAAUUCUGUGGUGUGGUGUGGCUCAAGCAAUGGGUAUCUCCACCAGAUGGACUUGCGGAGCGGCCUGAUCCAGAAGACCCUGGAAGGUCAUGGUGGAGCCGUUACUGCUGUGAUCGCCUACGUGGACAGCUGAGAUCAGCUGAGAUCAGCUGA